AUGCGUGGUCGUUAUAAUUGUUAUGAAGAAAAAUUAAAAGCAAAUGAAGAUUUUCGUCAUUCAAUAAAUAUAAAAUCUUUCAAUAAUCGUGCUGAUUUUGUUCGAGCUAAUUUAGCUACAAUAGCUAAACAUAUUCGUCAAUAUGAUCCUGACAUUAUUGCUAUACAAGAAGUUCAAGAAUCACCAUCAUCAAUACUAAUUAAUAAUGAAAUAUCAACAGCUACUUAUCUUGCACAACAACUUGAUAUGACAUUUAUAUUUAGUCCAACUUUAUUUGAUCAUGGAGUUCAUAUGCAAUAUGGUACAGCUAUACUUUUAAAUCAUCAUAGAUUUCAUUUAAUAGCAGUAGAAAUUAUUUCUUUACCACUUGGUCUUGAACCACGAAAUUCACCAUGUUUAACAAUUCAACCUCGAAAUGUCAAUGUUACAUUUAGAGCAUGUUCUAUUCAUUUUGAUCAUCAUCCAACUGAUAAUACAAUUCGUUUACAACAAGCGAAUACAUUUAUUCAUUGGUUAACUAACGGACAAUAUCAUCCAACAAUACUUCUAGGUGAUUUUAAUGCUAAUAAGACAUCAACAACAUUAACAAACCUAUAUAGAUAUUUCUUUGAUGAUAAUUCAUCAGAUAAUUCUCGUCCAACAUGGUCUGAAUGUGGUGAAAUAUUAAAGGAUAAAAUUGAUUAUAUACUAUUAGAUCGACAAUCUCAUUGGAAAAUAAAAUAUUUUUUACAUGGAUUAAAUAUGAAAAAAUUAUAUUCAUCAAUCAAAAUAACAAUGCUUUCUGAUCAUGUACCAUUAUUUACUGAAACUAUUCUAAAUGUUUUAGUAAAAUAG